AUAUUCUCACCAACAACUCAACUUCUUUCUCUUGAAUGCUAACUUCUCACUAUUUCUGACACAACCUUCUUUACACCACUAAAAAAAAAAAAAUUGUGGAAAUUAAUUCCUAGUCAUCUAGCUAAUAAAGUUUCAAACAAGUCCACCAUAUAGUCCUCUUGUAACAUAGACAUGUAUAAAGAAAAUACCUAGUUUUAUAGAAAGAUCAUAAGUUCACAUGCCCCAGUUUUUACCUAUAAAUUCGCCCUUGUUUCCUUCCGAUCCUUAUAUGUAUCCAUCUUUGAUAAACUAUUUCCACACCUUCAAACUGUACAAUUCUCUCUCUCUCUUCUCUCUAUCAUUAUCUCUCUGACAAUUAUUUGAGAAAAGUCAGGUAUGGUACAGACAAAGAAGUUCAGAGGUGUCAGGCAGCGCCAUUGGGGUUCUUGGGUCGCUGAGAUUCGUCAUCCUUUGCUGUAUUUUACCAUGAAGAGGAGAGUGUGGCUAGGUACUUUUGAAACUGCGGAGGAAGCUGCCCGAGCGUACGAUGAGGCUGCUGUUUUAAUGAGCGGACGUAACGCCAAAACAAAUUUCCCAGUGCAGGCACAAGUACUUGACGAAAGCAAAAAAGACAACUCUAAAAUUACUGAUACGUCUUUCUCCGGAUCAUCAUCAUCACUUUCUGCUAUACUUAGCGCCAAACUUCGCAAGAGCUGUAAAUCCCCUUCGCCGUCUCUCACUUGCCUCAGACUCGAUACGGAGAGUUCCAACAUUGGGGUGUGGCAGAAACGGGCCGGGGCCCGGCCUGAUUCUAGCUGGGUUAUGACCGUUGAAUUUGGUAAAAAGAAGAUCAUGAAUGAUGACGAGCAAAUUAUUAUUCCAGAAGAAAACGUAACCUCUUCAAGUACGUUGUCGUCUCCGGAGAAUUCCAUCGAGAUCGAACAAGGCAAAGAGAGUGGCAUGAUGAAUGAAGAAGAACGAAUGGCGCUUCAAAUGAUUGAGGAACUCCUCAACAGGAAUUAACCAUGGUAUCGUUAAACUUAUUAGGUCAAAAUGUUUGGUUUUUAUUACACGUCAAAAAAAUGAAAAGCAACAUCAGAUCGAGAUAUUUUUCCUACUAAAAUUAAGUACUGUCUCUAAGGUAUUAUUAAUAUUUUACUCAAGUCAUUGUCAUUGUCAUUGCUGAGUAUUAUGUUUGUCCAAUGUCGUGCAACAAUGUUUUUUUAAUUUAAUUUGGUAAAGAAGGUCUGUUUGCAACAAAUUUUAAAUAAAUAAAAAAUAAAUCAACUAUUGAAAUAUGAAGAAACAUAAUUUUAUUGAUAAAAUAAUGUGGAUACAAAUCUAUUUGUUCA